GACAGGCUUUUCAUUCACCAUUGCUGACUGUUUACAAUUUCUCUGAUAGUAAUCACAGGCGUUUGGCUAUUUUUAUUUUAAUUGAGCUUUUGCUUUUACAGGUAGAUAUUUGCCAUUUUUUUCAAGUAAUUUAAUGUUGAAAUGCUCGGUAACCUCAGUGACAGUGUGGCUAUCUGAUGAUAUCUAACCUAGGUAGCUGCUAGCUAGCUACCCGCGUGUUCAUUGAACGAACCGGUGAGGCCUACCAGAUCCUGGGUCUUUACUGUGGAGGCUAUACCGAGGACGAACACACAAACACUUACUCGGUUGCGUCGGCUGUGUUUUGUUCUUCGGGGUUUAUUCUCAGAUUCAAAAACAACAGAGUACCUGAGAAAAGAUGGAAGCUCCCCCUGUCACUGUGAUGCCAGUCACUGGGGGCACAAUCAAUAUGAUGGAGUACCUGCUGCAAGGCAGUGUGUUAGACCAGGCCCUGGAAAGCCUGUUACAUCGCCUGCGAGGUCUAUGUGACAACAUGGAACCUGAAACCUUUACAGACCAUGAACUGGUUUAUCUUCUGAAAGGCCAACAAGGAAACCCUUUCAUUCUGCGUGCCCGGCGCUCCCUCUCCCACCCCACAGCUCCCUGGCACCUACGCUACCUGGGCCAACCUGAAGUGGGAGACAAGAGCCGCCAUGCCCUGGUACGCAACUGUGUUGAUGUGGCUGCCUCUCACAGCCUGCCAGAGUUCCUAAAUGAGAUGGGCUUCCGCAUGGACCAUGAGUUUGUGGCGAACGGACACAUAUUCAGAAAGGGCGCAAUGAAAGUUGUGGUGAGCAAGCUGUCACGCAUCCUAGUACCAGGGAACACAGAGAACACAGAACGUCUGUCGCUUUCAUACUUGGUGGAGCUGAGUGUGUUGGCUCCUGCUGGCCAGGACACUGUGUCAGAGGACAUGCGCAGCUUUGCUGAGCAACUCAAACCCCUGGUCCACCUGGAGAAGAUCGAUCCGAGCAAACAGAGACAUUAAAUGACAUAAGUAAGGAGUCAGACUCCUUUGACUACUAUGGACAAAUUCUCUCAUUUGUUUUUUUUUUUACAUCAAUGUUAUUUUGUUACUAAAUACAGUGCAACUUUGGCUGAACAGUUACA